CCCGUUUAUCCCCUCCCUCUCGCCGGCAGCAGAGCCGGUCUCUCCGAUCCGCCCUGGCAGCUCAUUUUUGGGGUUCCCGGGAUCUCUCAUCCCAUCCUGCCGAGCCCCCCGUGCCCCCCGAGACCCCGGAUCCCUCCCCAAAAAGUUGCGCGGAUCUGCGGGAUGGGAGCGCAUCUGCAGCCGCUGGCCCUGCGGCUCCUGGCGCUGACUUUCCCYUUGGUGGCCAAAGGAUUUUCCGACGAAACCUUGGAGAAAGCCGCCAAAUCCGAAGGAUAUUGCAGCCGGAUUCUGCGAGCCCAAGGCACCAGGAGGGAAGGGUACAAUGAAUUCAGCCUGAGGGUGGAGGGCGAUCCGGAAUUUUACAAGCCUGGGAACAGUUACCGGGUGACACUUUCUGCUGCCACCCCUGCCUACUUUCGAGGCUUCACACUGAUCGCCCUCAAGGAAGGAAAAGAAGGGGACAAAGAGGAGGAUCAUGCAGGAAAUUUCCAGAUCAUAGAUGAAGAAGAAACCCAAUUCAUGAGCAAUUGUCCCGUUGCUGUGACAGAGAGCACCCCCAGAAGGAGGACACGGAUCCAGGUGUUUUGGACAGCCCCACCCGCUGGGACAGGUUGUGUCAUCCUCAAAGCCAGUAUUGUGCAGAAGCGAAUCAUUUAUUUCCAAGAUGAGGGCUCUCUCACCAAAAAAAUUUGUGAACAAGACUCAGCCUUGGAAGGUGUGACUGAAAAACCCAUUUUAGAUUGUUGUGCCUGUGGAACUGCCAAAUACAGGCUGACUUUUUAUGGGAACUGGUCAGAGAAAACACAUCCCAAGGAUUUCCCACGACGCACCAACCACUGGUCUGCCAUCAUUGGCAGUUCUCACUCCAAGAAUUACAUCCUGUGGGAAUAUGGGGGUUAUGCCAGYGAAGGGGUCAAACAAGUGGCAGAGCUGGGGUCCCCAGUGAAGAUGGAAGAAGAAAUUCGACAGCAGAGCGAUGAGGUUUUAACAGUCAUCAAGGCCAAAGCACAGUGGCCGGCUUGGCAACCUCUAAAUGUGAGAGCUGCUCCAUCUGCCGAGUUCUCUGUGGAUCGGCACCGGCACCUGAUGUCGUUCCUGACCAUGCUGGGUCCCAGCCCCGACUGGAACGUGGGGCUUUCUGCCGAGGAUCUCUGCACCAAGGAUUGCGGAUGGGUCCAGAAAGUCGURCAGGAUUUAAUCCCUUGGGAUGCUGGCACAGACAGCGGGGUCACCUACGAGUCUCCUAACAAACCCACAGUGCCUCAGGAGAAGAUCAGACCUCUCACAAGCUUAGAUCAUCCUCAAAGUCCAUUUUAUGAUCCAGAAGGAGGAUCUAUCAAACUGGUGGCCAGAGUUGUCAUYGAGAGAAUUGCACGCAAGGGGGAGCAGUGCAAUAUCGUUCCUGAUAACAUAGAUGAUAUUGUGGCAGAUCUAGCACCAGAGGAAAAAGAGGAAGAUGAUACUCCUGAGACCUGCAUUUAUUCCAACUGGUCCCCAUGGUCAGCCUGCAGCUCYUCUACCUGUGAAAAAGGCAAGAGGAUGAGGCAGAGAAUGCUGAAAGCUCAGCUGGACCUCAGUGUGCCCUGCCCAGACACUCAAGAUUUUCAGCCCUGCAUGGGGCCAGGCUGCAGUGAUGAAGAUGGUUCCACCUGCAUGAUGUCUGACUGGAUUACAUGGUCCCCCUGCAGCGUGUCCUGUGGAAUGGGAACCAGAUCCAGGGAGAGAUAUGUGAAACAGUUCCCUGAGGAUGGCUCCAUGUGCAAAGUGCCUACUGAAGAGACUGAGAAGUGUAUUGUAAACGAGGAAUGCUCUCCCAGCAGCUGCCUUGUGACUGAAUGGGGUGAGUGGGAUGAAUGCAGUGCCAGCUGUGGCACAGGGAUGAAGAGGAGGCACAGAAUGAUCAAGAUGACUCCUGCUGAUGGAUCCAUGUGCAAGGCAGAGACCACAGAGGCAGAGAAAUGCAUGAUGCCUGAAUGCCACACCAUCCCCUGCCUGCUGUCUCCCUGGUCUGAAUGGAGUGAYUGCAGUGUGACCUGUGGGAAGGGUAUGAGGACCAGGCAGAGGAUGCUGAAAUCUGCUGCUGAGCUGGGAGACUGCAACGAGGAGCUGGAACAAGCAGAGAAAUGCAUGCUGCCAGAAUGCCCCAUCGACUGUGAGCUGACAGAAUGGUCCCAAUGGUCUGAGUGCAACACCUCRUGUGGCAAAGGCCACAUGAUCAGGACCAGGAUGAUCAAAGCAGAGCCCCAGUUUGGAGGAGCAGCCUGCCCAGAGACCGUGCAGCGCUCCAAAUGCCGGGUGAGGAAAUGCCUGCGGGGCGCAGGGAUGGAGAAGAGGCGCUGGAAGGAGUCCAGGGAGAAGAGGAGGAGUGAACAAGCAAAGAAGAAUUUAGACAGUGAACAAUAUCCAGUUUGUAGGCUGAAACCAUGGACUGCUUGGACAGAAUGUUCUACACUCUGUGGAGGUGGAAUUCAGGAGCGCUACAUGAUGGUAAAGAAGAGGUCCAAAAGCACUCAGUUCACCAGCUGCAAAGACAAAAAGGAGCUGAGAGCAUGUAAUGUCCACCCUUGUUAACAGAACACRAGGUUCCAAGUGAUGCACUCUGAGCUAAAUGGAAAGUCAACCUKGGUUUGUUUUUUUUUACAGCAACAACAACGAAAUUAUAAAGCGUAUGUUAGUUUUCAUUUUUGCAGUGUGGUUUGCUUUUUAGUCUUGCUGGUGCAAGAAAAAUAUUUUAUAAAUAUUUCCUCACAGAUUUAUGCUGGGAGUAAUUCUUUGGUACUCCAGCCAGCCCUUAAUGCAUAAAAAUAGUAAAGUCAUUAUGAUUUAUUUAAAUACAAUACAGACAUUUCUGUGGACAUGGAAUAGCCAUAUAGAAACAYUACUUGUAAAGACAUGGGAUGCAUGCAUGUUAACAAAACUAAGUUAAAGUGGCAGAAAGUUUCAUAUGUGGGAAGAUUUCUCUCUAGAWUUGAUUUUGAAAAUCCAAAGCAGUGCCUCUGUGAUUACACAACUAUGCCAAGGAGUAAUUUCAGUAAUGCUGGUUCAAUAACAUUAAAGGUGCAUGUUGAUCUUUUUACAUUAUUGGGUUAAGAUGAUAGUUAUUGUAAUAAUAAUAAUAAUCCUAAACACUUCACGUUGAUGCUGUGGUCCAUGCAAAAAGGUCUUUGUUUCUUCAAAACUUAAAAAGGAAAUAAUUUUUGCAGCUCAAUAGUUAUGUCUGACCAUCAUCACAGAUGAAAGACAAAACAAAACAUGCAAAUAUCAGAGUAUGUGCAGAUUGCAUCUUGGGUCUGUCCAUUGCCUUUCAGAAUGGAUACAGAACUUAGAAAUUGGUCCAGAGUGUUGCAACAGCUGUGUCACAUGAAGUCUUCCACAUGAGAGACAYUAAAAAACUAGAUUUGGUUUCAUGAGGAUGUUAGUCACAGGUGAAGAGGGAAAUAGAUUUAUAAUAAAACUUAAAAUGGUAGAGAAAAACUGAGCCAGGUUCUCGUGCAUCCCUUAAAACUGCAAUGAGCCUCUGAAAGGACACAAUGUCAGUCUUAAAAAAUGAGUUAGAUAUAGGCACAAGAAUAUGUUUGCAGCAGUGCCAUUUAUGUCUUUUUUACUCAGAGUACAGGAUAAUCUAAAAAUCACUGAAUUUGUGAGAAUUACCCAUUUGUAGCUCUGCUAUCCACGUUCAAGGCCCUCCCUGAUUACUGAAGUGAUCAACAAACUGCCUGAGCUUAGAAAAUAGCUCCUCACCCUCCUAAUUGCUGUUUUUACCUUGUCUUCUGCAGAAUUUAGCUCUCAUCMCUGCAUGGAGUCAGGUGUGAUCAGUGAGACACCUGGGCUCUCUUGGAAUACAAUGUUGUACUGUAAUUUUAACAAUGUGAAAUUAAGAGGGGAAGAUGAUGGGUUAUCUUUUUUCCAGGAAAGGCAGCACACCCCUACGUCUCCACAGAAGUAACAAUGCACUGAAAAUAAAGACUUGUUGAUGGUGACUCAAGCUUGAGAGAAAUGAAUGGAGAGAAAUUGUUUUCAUAGUCUCUUUAAACCAGUUAUUUAUUAAGUAAUUUAUUCACUUCCUUAGCUCUCAGUCACAACCCUGAGGACCUGACACCUGCAAGGCUGUCCCUCACUGAUGCAUUCAGGACCUCAUAUUAUACAAAAAAAAACCAAAGAAAACCCAACAAAAAUCCCAGUGGAAUAAUACAGGAACUAGAGGAGUGAGCAGCUGAGCAUAUUUCAGCUGAAGAAAUUGUAGAGAAAACCCGUAGUGCUUAAUGUCAGAGGCCUGGCCAGGACAGAGCCACAUCUCUGGUGUCCCAGCUUAGACCAUUCACUCAGAAAAGUAAUCCUUGAUCAUAAAAUGUGUUACAGAGUGGUUUUGAAGGCUUUGGAUGAUCUAUGAGCCUGGGGCAGAGGGUGCCUGAAUGGA